AUGGUGGCAGGAGGACAAAGACGAGGAACGCAGUGUUGGUGGUUUGCUCUCAGCUUUUCUCUGAUGCUGAGCUGUGUGGAGCGGGUUUCAGCUCAGAUAAAAUAUUCAAUUCCAGAGGAAGUAAAGGUAGGAAGUGCUGUUGGAAAUGUGGCAAAGGAUCUGGGACUGGACAUCAGUUCACUAGAGGAAAGACAGUUUCGUAUUGUCUCUGGAGCUGAAGAUGCUCAGUUUAUAGUAAAUACGAGAAAUGGCGUCCUCUCUGUGCAAGAGAACAUUGACAGAGAAGAACUGUGCGAAAGCAUUUCUCCUUGUCUGAUAAACCUAAAAAUGGUAGCUGAGAAUCCCAUGGAAAUACAUUAUGUAGAAGUGGAAAUCAUAGACGUAAAUGAUAAUUCACCCAGCUUUCAAGAGGAAGAAAGCAUACUAGAGAUUUCAGAGUCUACUUUCCCAGGUAAACGAUUUCAGUUGCCAGCUGCACAUGAUCCAGAUGUUGUUACUAACACAGUACGGAUGUACAAAUUAAACCAUAACGAUCAUUUUAGUUUGCAAAUUCGAGAGAGAGGAGAGGACAAGAUACCAUUCUUAGUUUUACAGAAGUCUCUGGAUCGGGAAAAGGAAAAUGAACACAAACUAAUCCUGACAGCAGUUGACGGAGGAAAUCCACCGAGAUCAGGGACUCUUAAUGUCACAGUCAUAGUCCUCGAUUCAAAUGAUAAUAACCCUACAUUUAGUCAAGAAGUUUAUUCAGUAACAAUACACGAAAAUGUAGAGGUGAAUAAACGUGUAAUUACCGUAAAUGCAACUGAUUUGGAUGAGAGUUCAAACGGAGAAAUAGAGUACGUUUUCGGUGGUCAGCUUGACCGAAAGAUUUAUGAAAUGUUUAGCUUAGAUAAAAACACGGGUGAAAUUCGAGUAAAAGGAAAGAUUGACUUUGAGAAGGUGGAUGUUUAUAAGCUAGACGUCCACGCCACUGACAAAGGACAACCUCCAAUGAGUACCGACUGCAGGGUGAUCAUCAAGGUGCUGGACGUAAAUGAUAAUAAACCUGAUAUAGAGGUGACAUCUUUGUCAAAGAUGGUAUCAGAAGAUUCCAAGCCUGGGACUGUGGUGGCUUUGAUCAGUAUUACAGACCAAGACGCGGGUUUAAAUGGAAAAGUAAUAUGUAGUCUUUCAGACAAUGUCCCAUUUGAUUUAAAACCGUCAUUUCAAGAGAACAUGUACUCUUUAGUUAUUAAACAUAAAUUAGACCGAGAAUCAGUUUCCCAUUACGACGUCACAAUAACAGCUACAGACUGUGGCGUACCUCCUCUGUCCACAUCCAGAACUUUGAGAAUUGAUGUGUCAGACGUGAAUGAUAAUGCGCCACAAUUUGCACAGAAUCCAGUUGAACUUUACCUGGUAGAAAAUAACGAGCCUGGAAAGCCGAUUUUUUCAGUUUCUGCCUCAGAUAAAGAUUUGAAUGAAAACGCGGCGUUAACUUAUCGUAUAAUCAGAGAUGAAAGCAGUCAACAGAAAAACGCAGUAUUUUUAAAUAUUAAUUCUGAUAAUGGGCAAAUCACCGCGCUGAAAAGUUUUGAUUUUGAAACGCUGAAAACUUUCCAGUUCCAAGUUGUUGCGUCAGAUUCUGGAACUCCGUCACUAAGCAACAAUGUCACAGUCAACGUCUUCAUCCUGGAUCAGAACGACAACGCUCCAGCCAUCCUCUAUCCACUCAACUCCAACAGUUCUGCUCAAGGUGUGGAGGAGAUUCCCCGAAACGUCAACGCAGGACACUUGGUGACUAAAGUCAGAGCCUAUGACGCUGAUAUAGGAUAUAACGGCUGGUUGCUCUUUUCACUGCAGGAAGUGACUGACCACAGUCUCUUUGCUUUGGACCGCUAUACAGGACAGAUCAGAACACUUCGCUCAUUCACAGAGACAGACGAGGCUGAGCAUAAACUGGUAAUACUGGUCAAAGACAACGGCAACGUUUCUCUCUCAGCAACAGCUACAGUGAUUGUCAAACUUGUGGAGCCCAAAGAGGCUUUUGCAGCUUCUGAUGUUAAAAGUACAGCAAAAGAUGACGAGGACAGCAAUGUCAUAUUUUACCUCAUGAUAACUUUGGGCGCAGUUUCUGUACUUUUUCUCGUCAGCAUCAUUGUGCUGAUUGCAAUGCAGUGCUCCAAAUCCACAGACUAUACUUCUAAAUAUCUGCCAGAGACUAAUUAUGAUGGGACACUGUGUCACAGCAUCCAGUACAGAUCAGGAGAGAAGCGGUACAUGCUAGUUGGACCCAGAAUGAGUAUAGGAUCUACUAUAGUACCUGGCAGUCAUGCAAACACGCUUGUGCUCCCUGAUAGGAGACGUCCUUCUGAAGAGUUAUUAGAAAUCACUAAUUGUGUCAUAUAUAACUGCGUCGUGGAAAUAGUAAUAUACCUGUCCACUGUUCGAAUGGGAUCCUGUUAA